AUUAGCAAGUCUGAUGUAAGAACAAUACGACGAAACACGAGAAGCGAGAGUGAUCAUGAUAAGGGGUAAUACCAUUCUUGCAGGCUUCCUCCUUCAUGUGAUAGUCUUCGCUGCAGAGGGAACCGAGCAAUUGUCAGAGCCAGUUGGGCCACAGUCUAUCCCGCUUGACCUGUCGCCAUUCUACAACAAUAAAGGAUUCGGUACAUACCCAGGGGAGGCAUCUUUCGACACCCUCGGCCAAUCUUAUCCAGCGCCGGAUCUAGACGAACCCUACUAUAUCUCAAGCGACACGGGUAUAACGUACUCGUUUCCGGGAUAUACCGGGCCCGACAAGCCCGACAAUGUCAUAUGUGAUAGUCAGACUAUAGCCGUACCCCCCGGGUCGUACUUCUCAGCCUCGUUCCUGAUCUCCGAAGACAAGGAAGGGGAGACCGUGUCCGGGAACGUGACUUUCACGUAUACCGACAACAGCACGUCGGCGUACGAACUGCGCUCUUUGGACUGGUAUAGCUUCCUGACGAUCAAUCGCGGCGAGAUAAUAUUCCCUAGCCGCUUCACGGCGACCGGUGUGGAUUAUAAUACUAGCCACAUAUUCGAGCGAACUGCACAACUUGACCCUGGAAAGGAACUUCGUGCUGUCACCUUGUCUGAAGCAACGAACGCGGAUGAUGGCCGACUGCAUGUGUUUGCUAUUUCUUUAUGGAAAGGCAACGUCGGGGUAGAUAUACAGUCUAUCCGCCCGACUCAGAAGUGGACCGACAGUGGCGCGCAAGUAGUUGAGAUUACAGUUAAUAAUGCAGGCCGAGACUGUAUUGCGGGAAAUGGGGUAACUAUUUCGCUCUCAGGAGACGGCCUCCAGACUGUUGAAGUAGGUCAUCUCAAGCGGCUAUGUCCCGGGGACCAGAAAAUAGUGAAAAUAGGGGUAGAAUCAACCUCUACUACCACUAUUAACACCUUAGUGGUUAUUGACGACGGCACAACCAAAGGUUCUUUCGAAUUCGAGAACAUCGAAUUUGGUCUGACUGAAUGGACCACCAACUUGAACAAUCUUGCAAGACACGAGAGCCCGGACUGGUUCAACGACGCCAAAUACGGGAUAUUCAUACACUGGGGCCCGUAUUCCGUGACGGGAUGGGGUAACUCGUCGCCAUACGAGAGCUACGCAGAAUGGUUUUGGUGGUACUCAACGCACCACCCCGACUCGGACCCCUCCGACGUCUUCGACUACCGCCUGCGCACCUACGGCCGGGACUGGGCGUACGACGACACAUUCCCGUCCUUCACCGCGUCGCGCUUCGACCCCAAAGCCUGGACGGACCUGAUCGUCGCCUCGGGCGCGCGGUACUUCGUGCUGACGUCCAAGCACCACGACGGCUUCUCCCUGUUCGACUCCGGAAGCAGCCCGAGCAACAACCGCUCGGCGCUGCGCCACGGGCCCCGGCGGGACCUCCUCGGGGAGCUGUUCGACGCCGCGGAGCGGCACCACCCGAGCCUCCGGCGCGGGACCUACUUCUCCCUGCCGGAGUGGUUCAACCCGGCAUACGCGCCCUACGGCACCGCCAGCUGGCCCGGGUAUCCCGCCCGGAACCCGUACACGGGGGCCGAGGAGGCGUACACGGGAUACGAGGAGGCGGAUCCCGCGGCGGACUUCCUGCAGGACGUCAUGCUCCCGCAGAUGGAGACGCUGGCGUAUGUCUACUCGACGGACAUCAUGUGGUGCGACUGCGGGGCGUCCAACGCGACGGCGGAAUUCGCGGCUCGGUGGUGGAACUCCUUACGCGACUACCAGCACCAGCACCAGGAAACCCAGCACACCAACAACAACAGCAACGAAAACAAUAACAGCGGCCGAGGACGACAAGUCGCGAUCAACAGCCGCUGCGGGAUCCCGCAAGCCGCGGACUUCGACACGCCGGAGUACGCGCAGUUCGGAUCGGCGCAGCGGCGCAAGUGGGAGAGCAACCGGGGGCUGGACCCGUUCAGCUACGGGUACAACGGGGCAACGCCGGAGUGGGCGUACAUGAACGCGAGCAGCAUCGUCCGCACGCUCGUGGACGUCGUGGCGAAGAACGGGAACCUGCUGCUGGACGUCGGGCCCAAGGCGGACGGGACGCUGGUGCAGGCCGAGGUGGACAGCUUGCUGGAGGCCGGGCGAUGGAUUGGGGCGCACGAGGAAGCGGUUUUUAAUACGACGUAUUGGUUCGUGCAGAGCGAGAUCGAGGCCGGGCCGGAUGUCAGGUUUACACAGACGAAUGAGGCGUUUUAUGUGCUGUUUCUGGAACGACCGGUGCUUCGGAAUGGUACUGUUGACAUCAUAGCACCUGUGCCAGCGUUGCAAGGCGAUGAAGUUAGUUUGCUGGCUGUUGAAGGUGGUGAGAACCUGGUAUGGAACGUAACAGGACAGGGCAGUGAGACGACAUUGAAAAUUGAGGUAACUGAAGCGCUCCUGAAUGAAGAAGAGUUCUGUUGGGUGUUCAAAAUCAAGUAUGCAUAACGCCGUAGCCCUUAUAUGACAGGCAGGUGGAAACAGCCUAGGUAUCUACCUCUAAUGCUAGAAUGCUAUAAUCUGAGUAUGCUUUCGUUUGCAUAUUGAACAGG